CCUCCGCCGAUGACCUUCUCGCCCGCCCGCCGCCCCUGAGCUGAGGACGCCCGGCUCGGCUGCCCUCUCGCCCGCGCGGGGCGGGGAUGCCACAGCGCCUCCCGGGAGCUGCUUCCACCGCCGGGGCCAGUUGCAGAGCCGCCGCCGCUCGCGAGGAGCCUGAAAAAUGAACCCCCAGUGCGCCCGCUGUGGCAAAGUCGUCUAUCCCACGGAAAAAGUCAACUGCCUGGAUAAGUACUGGCAUAAAGGAUGUUUCCAUUGUGAGGUCUGCAAAAUGGCUUUAAACAUGAACAACUACAAAGGAUAUGAAAAGAAACCAUAUUGCAAUGCACACUACCCAAAACAGUCCUUCACAACGGUGGCAGAUACACCAGAAAACCUUCGUCUGAAGCAACAAAGUGAAUUGCAGAGUCAGGUUAAAUACAAAAGAGACUUUGAAGAAAGCAAAGGAAGAGGGUUCAGCAUUGUGACUGACACACCUGAAUUACAAAGACUGAAAAGGACUCAGGAACAAAUUAGUAACGUGAAAUAUCAUGAAGAUUUUGAGAAGACAAAGGGCAGAGGUUUUACACCAGUGGUGGAUGAUCCUGUGACAGAACGGGUGAGAAAAAACACCCAGGUUGUGAGUGAUGCUGCAUAUAAAGGAGUACAUCCACAUAUAGUUGAAAUGGAUAGAAGACCCGGAAUAAUUGUUGCCCCUGUGCUUCCUGGGGCAUAUCAACAAAGUCAGUCCCAAGGAUAUGGAUACAUGCACCAGACCAGUAUGUCAUCUAUGAGGUCGAUGCAUUCACAGCCACAUUCAGCAGGUUUGAGAACAUACAGAGCUAUGUAUGACUACAGUGCUCAAGAUGAAGACGAAGUUUCCUUCAGGGAUGGGGACUAUAUCAUCAAUGUGCAACCAAUUGAUGAUGGCUGGAUGUAUGGUACUGUUCAGAGAACUGGGAAAACAGGAAUGCUUCCAGCAAAUUACAUUGAGUAUGUUAACUAAUUUUUGUCCCUAGUCCUUUGAGCUUUAUUCUGAUUUACUCAAAACGUAACCCUUUUGAAACAAAAUACUCAGAAGAAACUUUUAAGACCACAUGUUCAUUACUUUAUCACUAAUAUAACAAUCUGAUGUAAGAAUCACAAUCUGACACACAUAUCCAAACAGUAUGGCUUACAAUAAUACUUUGUAAGAACAAAAGAUGUAUGUGGAAGCCCGGUGCUGCCAAUUAUGUAAAGGUUUCCAUCCAUUAGCUAUAAAGGAGAAAUCUCUUUUUCUUAGAUUCUCUUUUAAACGUAACCAUAACGUGGAUUCUUUUCUUAUGUCACUUUGAAAUCACAAGCGGCUAAUACUUUCAAUUCAGUAACACAUUCUAAUCAUUUUUAAAGCUGUUUAACAUAGAGCAUUUAACGUCCCAAUAAAAUGAUGACUGGAUAAUACAGCCUUUAAGUAACAGGAGAUAACGUGCUGGUAAAAAUCCUACUGCCCAGCAGCCUUAUAAGAAACAAAAAGUCUGUCUCUUGACAGUGGAAGUUCCCAACUCUCACUUGCCCCCCACCACCACACUCAUUCCUGGGUCUUACAUUGGCUCUCCUUCAUGACUGUACCCUUAGCUCCUGUCAGUUUUGCUUGCUUCCCAAUCCAUCAGUUUUGAUUGUGCCUUGAUUCCUGGCAAAUCUGUGUCUUUUUCACAGCAUAUUUCCCACUGGCACUGUUCAGAGUGCAGAGCCAAAUUGCCACCUCUUCUGUUUCCCUUAAAUAAUACUUGAGAGACCAGGUGGGUGAGGUAAUAUAUUUCACUGGAUCAACUUCUGUUGAU